CCGCACCCAACAGCCGGGACGACCGGUGUCACCCGAGAAGCACGUCCUUGCCGGCGCGCAUGGGCCAGGGGGCCAGCAGGUCGGUGAAGAGGGCUGCUAUGAGGCUGUGAGCCAGUUUUACAAAAGAAGUGAGCUGUUCUGCUUCAAGUUUUUUCCAGUUUUUUUCUAUAAAUCAAAACAUCCCAAAAUGGAGGCCUAAAACUCUUAAAAGGGACUUAGUCUAAUCUCCGGGAGGUAGUUUUGUGCAUGAAUAAACAAAUAAAGUAGUUAACUGGAGUUUUUGGUAGCCAAAGAAUGUUAAUGUUGAAAAUAUGAUCUAAUUACAUGAUGUGUAACUAUAAAGUAAUAAUGAGUUUGAUUUUGAAUUUGUCCUUCAAUGUAAAAGAGAAGUGAUUAUAGCUGGGACAUAUUGUUGAACCACUCUUCAAGUUGGCCAGGUCCUCUCUCAUUGGCUGCUGUGUAGAAUAAAAAAAGCACCUGUGUUUGGUAAAGAUUUAAAAAUGAGUGAUAGUUAUCUAGAACAAAAAGUUAAUAUUCAACCUUCUGCUAAAUUAGAAAAAUAUGCAAAUAAAACUUUUGACAUCUUUAAAGACUUCUACAAUGAUAAUGAAAUGUCAAGAACAAAACUUUUUGAUAGGUAUAACAAAUUUAGAGAAAGUAUGAAAGAUAAACAUGAUGAAUGGUAAAGAAAUUAACCAUUUAUAAGAGUUGAUAUUUUAAAAAGUCUAAAAUUUAGUUUGUUCAAAUGAGUUAUUAUCUCUGAGGAUAAUAAGAAUGAGAAUGAUGGUUGGAUGGUUAUAUUUUGGUAAGUGAACAAACUUAUUCGGAAAGAAAAUUUACAGAAGGAGUAAUGAACACCAAGAAGGUUUUUAUAACAAUGUGUAAAGUUUUUGAGCAAUGAAAAUCGUACUGAAGUUAGACACAAUAACUCACCUUUGAGGGAAAUUAUCACAGGUAUUAAAAUAUGUUUCUCCUGCCACCUGGAAAUAAAUUAAAGUCUGCUGUGGAAAGUGCCAACCUCUGUGGGACCCAGGAAACCAUGCUUGCAAAUCACUGCUUGGAAAACCAGGAUGACUUGUUUGUUGGUCAUUGCUGAUAUCAUUGAUGCAGAACCUAUUUACUAAUAGCUAGUCAUAAUUGAGAAAUUCUGAAUUUUUAGAAAGUCUCUGCUCUUCAAGAGAAGUAGAUUAUGACAAAAUAAAUUUGUUGUUAUUUUUUGCCAUGAUAAAUUAUGAUUCAAGGUAUGCUAUCUGUGAAAUAAUUUAUGACCAAAACCAAAUUUGUACAAUUUGAUUAUGCGUCUUAGCCUACAGACUCAGCACUCUGACUUUUGACUGUUUUUAAAAGUAAAUCCACUGUCGGAGUAGAAAAUUUAGUGUUGGCUCCUCAGCAGCAUGAAGUUGAGCCUAAAUGACCAAUUGAGCAAAUACAUUCUUCUCUGAUAAUUCAUUUGAAAUGGAACAUUUAAUUUGCUAAGAUCCAAUGGUAUCACUAUGACUAAGCAACCAGGUUCCUGACUAUCUAUGGGAAGUAAUUAUUAUUUAAUUAAUCUUGAAACCAAGCCUUAAAAUGUAUCAGACAAUUCUUUUACUACUUGAGCACUUUAUUUGGAGGAAAAUUUUAGAUUGUGUUGUUCUCCCUAUUAAAAUGAUUGUAGGAAGAAAAAUUACUUAAUUUGAGCAAGAUUUGGGAUAUACUAUAUUUCGUUGAAUCUAAGAUGUCAUCAAUUAUAAGACACCAUUAUUUUAUGUACCUCUAAGAAAAAUGCUGCUAAUUAUUAUGACAUGCCAUUAAUUGUAAGAUACCUCUUGAUAACAGAGAUAUUAAAACAUGCUUCUUAGAAUCAGUGAAAUAUGGUAAUGCAUUCUUUUCCUCUUUUGAGGUAGAUCUUACUUUUUAUUUUUCUUUCUUGCUACCAAAUUUCACAAUUAAAAAAAAGCAAAAUAAACAUAGUUUGAAUAUUUUUUUGUGAAGAGCUCUUACAGGGCGUAACUUUCCACCCUGAAAGCAUGCUAGCUGCGUGAGUCAGACAAUUUAUCUUCAGGCUGGCUGAGCAUUGCUGAAGCAUUCUAGUGGAGAGGUUGACCUACCUGUGGAGAUGCCUGACCCUCUGGCAUCUUGAUGACUAAAGCACUGUACACUUUCACGAAGGGUUUUAAUUUUCAUCACAAGGUACUGUAUAGCUUCAUGUUUACAUUGUAUGUAUAACUAUACAAAGUUGUGGUUGUGCAAAUUGUCCCUUAAAACAUAUCAGCAUAGGAUUUAGAAUCUUGCUUGAUGAAACUCUAAAUUCAUAGAAGAGAAAAGAAUGAAAAAUUUCCCAUUCUAGAUGUUCAACCUCAUACUAAAACUAAUAAAAAUCAAAAGCCAUGCACAAAACUACCUCCCCAGAGAAAGGCUAGUCCCUUUUGCUCCCCAGCCAUUUUAUUAUGAACAUAGUAGAAAACAGCGUAUUCUUAUCAAAUUUGAUGAAAAGCGCCAAUAUGUUUGAAUUGAAGUAUGACUUUUCUUGUGAACUGUACCGAAUAUCUACAUAUUCGACUUUCCCUCCUGGUGUCCCUGUCUCAGAAAGGAGCCUUGCCCGCGCUGGUUUUUAUUACACCGGUAUAAAUGACAGAGUCAAAUGCUUCUGUUGUGGCCUGAUGCUGGAUAACUGGAAACAAGGAGACAAUCCUAUUGAAAAGCAUAAAAAGUUGUAUCCUAGCUGUAGCUUUGUUCAAAAUCUAAAUUCAGUUAACAUUUCGGGAGCCACCUCUCAACUUGCUUUUUCUUCUUCAGUAACAAAUUCCACACAUUCAUUACUUCCAAGUUUGGAAAACAGUGGCUACUUCAGUGGCUCCUAUUCAAGCUUUCCAUCAAACCCUGUAAACUCUGGACCAAAUCACGAUUUUUCUGCCUUGAGGACAAGUCCCUACCAUUGUGCAAUGAAUACCGAAAAAGCCAGAUUACUCACUUUCCAGAUGUGGCCGCUGACCUUUCUGUCGCCAACAGAUCUGGCAAAAGCUGGCUUUUACUACAUAGGACCUGGGGACAGAGUGGCCUGCUUUGCCUGUGGUGGAAAAUUGAGCAAUUGGGAACCGAAGGAUGAUGCUAUGUCAGAACACCUGAGACAUUUCCCCAACUGCCCGUUUGUAGAAAACCAGUUUGAAGACACUUCAAGAUACACCGUUUCUAACCUGAGCAUGCAGACACAUGCAGCCCGCUUUAGAACAUUCUGUAACUGGCCCUCUAGUGUUCAGGUUCCUCCUGAGCAGCUGGCAAGUGCGGGUUUUUAUUAUAUGGGUCACAGUGAUGAUGUCAAAUGCUUUUGCUGUGAUGGUGGAUUGAGGUGUUGGGAAUCUGGAGAUGACCCAUGGGUGGAACAUGCCAAGUGGUUUCCAAGGUGUGAAUACUUGAUACGAAUUAAGGGACAAGAGUUCAUCAGUCGAGUUCAAGCCAAUUACCCUCAUCUACUUGAACAGCUCUUGUCUACUUCAGACAAUCCAGAAGAUGAAAACGCAGAGUCACCAAUUAUUCAUUUUGGACCUGGAGAAAACCAUUCAGAAGACGCAGUCAUGAUGAAUACACCUGUGGUUAAAGCUGCUUUGGAAAUGGGCUUCAGUAGAAGGCUGAUAAAACAGACAGUUCAGAGUAAAAUCCUAACCACUGGAGAGAAUUACAAAACCAUCAGUGAUCUUGUGUUAGAGUUACUUAAUGCAGAAGAUGAGAUGAGGGAAGAGGAGAAAGAAAGAGCAACUGAAGAAAAAGAAUCAGGUGAUCUCUCAUUAAUCCGGAAGAAUAGAAUGGCACUUUUUCGACAUUUGACGUGUGUGCUUCCAAUCCUGGAUAGUCUACUAACUGCCAGAGUGAUUAAUGAACAGGAAUAUGAUGUUAUUAAACAGAAGACACAAACAUCUUUACAAUCAAGAGAACUGAUUGAUACUAUUUUAGUAAAAGGAAAUUUUGCUGCCACCAUAUUCAAAAACUCUCUACAAGAAAUUGAGCCAACGUUAUACAAGCAUUUAUUUGUGCAACAGGACAUAAAGUAUAUUCCCACAGAAGAUGUUUCAGAUUUACCAAUGGAAGAACAACUGAGGAGACUACAAGAAGAAAGGACAUGUAAAGUGUGUAUGGACAAAGAGGUGUCCAUAGUGUUUAUUCCUUGUGGUCAUCUAGUAGUAUGCAAAGAUUGUGCCCCUUCUCUAAGAAAAUGUCCUAUUUGUAGAGGGACAAUCAAGGGUACUGUUCGUACAUUUCUUUCAUGAAGAAGACCCAGAACUUUGUCUAAACUUUAGAAUUAAUGGAUUAAAUGUAUUAUAACUUUAACUUUUAUACCGACUUGGUUUCCUUAAGAUUUUUUAUUUAUUUACAACUCAGAAAAUUUUGUUUUGUAUAAAUAUAAAUAUAUACAUAUACAUAUAUUUAUAUAAAUGUAUAUUGAAAACAUGUGAACAUAUAUAUUUUAGAUAGCAACAGAGUGAUAGGCUAUUGUUCUUGUGAACAAAAAAUAGGGACAGCACUACAAGCACAAUACUAAAUCAAAAUUUCAGCACUAUUGAAAUUUUAAGUGAAGUAAGAUUUGAGAUUUUUGAAUUAACCUUUCAGAAUUUUAAGUAUUUCAGAGUCAUAUUUAGAACUGGGAACAUGGAUUUUCUGCCUUUUUCCAUCGGUGUCCUAUAUGUAGAAGGUCUUGAUGUUUGUUGAAUGACUUUUUAGGAACGUGGUUUUUUUGUAAAGAAUUCUGUGAGGAAUAUUUUAAUAAAGCAAUCAAAAUUA